UCGUACGAACGGAUACAUCUCCGAGCCACCGUAGGGCGCCGUCCGGCAUGUCUUGUUUACGGUGAGGUCGGAGCACCGUCCCGCGGUCCAGCUGAAGCGUUUCUGAGUAAACCCUCAUCCAAGGGGUCAGAAAAAGAAGGAACAGACAGACAAGGGGAGAAAGAGAGAGAGAGAGAGAGAGCAAAGGGGAUGUUGACUUACCCCUCUGACCCACUCCCUCAGAUAGUUUGUCCAAUGGAUGAAGAUGCUGUUCCCCCAAACCGUUUCUAUAGUGCACCUCCCCACAGUGAACCUCCACCACCUCUCCUUUCCCUUUACUCCAUCACUCCCAGCUGUGUGAAUGAUGGAAUAUCUGGACACAGAAGGAGCGGUCGCAUCCAAGGGAUCCGAGGACAAACGCCUAAAAAGCAAAGCAAUACUGACAUCGGAGCGGUUCAGAAACCAUCCAGACAGAAUCCGUCCCCUUCGAAGAGUAAAAGAGCGAGUGGGAGCAUGGUACAAGUGUCAGAGUCGAAGCAGCCAAGAGUUGAAAGCACACACGAGAAACAAAAUGAGGAUGGAUUUGAGUUUAGUUUUGCGGCAGAACGCCAAAAUAGGCAAACGGACCAGAAAAGCCCACGGAGAAGGCCGAACGUCUAUACGGCAGAAAAUGUAGCUGAGCAGUUUUCUGACAGUGCCGCAGAGAAUCUUGACGCCACGAAAUCUGACAUGGAUACAUGCGGGGGAUUGGCUGUUGGGCACACUGUUGAGAGUGCAUCUGCCCUGAAGGGAUGGGUGAUCGGCCCCUUGUUUCAGUCGUUCAAGUCGAAGAUGGCCAGCUUCACAGAGAUUGUCAUGAGUCCUGUUAAACUCUUCAGAGCCAAUAGUCCUCCACCUUCCAUGGACCAACCGUACAAACUCAAUGAGUGUGAGCUGCAGGCCGAUGGAACGUCUGACGUUGAACGCUCAGAACCAAACGAUGCGUUUCAUCCAGAGGAACAAAAUGAGAAUGGGAAUCAGGACGCUGAAGCUAAUCAACAGAGCCUCAGUGAAUUAGAGGAUGUACAAAAUACAAAAACUGAUGCUAUUAAGUAUUCUAAAAAAUUAUCGUUUGAUGUGGAGUUGUCACCGCGCGGCUCUGAGCAGGGAGAUGAAUGUGCAAUAACUCAGAAAGAAACAAACAUAACUGAUUCGGUGCCUUUUCAAUACAGCCCCUUACCCUGCAUUGUUUCCGAGGAGGUUUCAGAAUCUGGUGAGUCCGUUUUCAGGUCCUCUGUCCUGUUUCAGCCCUCUGUCAAUGCAAGUGCCUCACAUGAGUCCACGUUAAAGAUAUGUGUGGAGAAGCAGAAAGGCAAACUGGCUGCCCGGCUGAAACCGCUGCCCAGGAAGUGUACAGGGAAUAGGAAGAAAGUUACCUCUGUGACUUUAACAUCACAGGUCAGAAAGGAAGACUCCGACCCAGAGGCUAUUGAUGAGCAGGUUUCUCGCAUGACUUCAGUCCAAUCACACAUAGCCGACUCAGGUGAUACUGACAAAACACUGUCAUCUUCCUCAGUCAGUUCUGCGCAGCCUGACACCGACUGUCCACAGUGGGAUGGUGAUGACGACGGCAGAAAAAGAGAAAGUUGCGACUCGGUUCGCCAAAGCCUCCAGAAUAAAUUAAAUGACAGUACUAAUGGACGGACACUGAAUCCUACUUUGGAUUCUCAGCGGCUGGAGCGUCAGCUAAACCCUGAAACUUAUUCAGCUGGGAGAGCAAAGAGGGAGCUCAAACUGGAUUGUCAUUUCCAAGACUUUGUGAAGAGGAAAAGAUUGACGGCAGAUAAAUGUACAAAGGAUACAAAAAAACGAGAGUUAUUAAACGUGGAUUCAGAUGGUGGCGUAUUGAGAGAACUUAGACCACUAAGAAAGGAAGUUGUGUUGACAAAUAGCAUUGUCGGCGGGGAAGAAACACUGAGACCUGCUAGAAAAAGACCUGCUGUUUCAACAAGAGCAAAUAAGAAAGGAGCAGGUGGGCAAGAAAUGCUUGCUAUGAUAAACGAAGCAGUGAUGAACACACAGACUGAAAGUUCGUCUGAUGCGAUGUUGGUUUGCUCACUGGAGAAUAGCAGUGUUGUGUCCGAGAACAACCGAAAGAGCAGCAGCAGCAAGGUGAAGCCCAGUGGUUCAUGCAAAAGACUAAAGAUGAGAACAGGUCUUUCUAAACCUGAUGUAAUCAUCGAUAACAGUAUGGAUCUGGAAACCACCAUUGCAAUCACCUCUACGAAACAAGAAGUCCCCGUCCACUCUGACAUAAACCAGCUCCAGAGCACAAGAAAGUGCAGGACUGCAAACAAGAAACCACUAAAGCGGAAAUCGCCCAAGCAGGCGAGUGCAGCUACAGAAUCAGACAGCACUGUGGUUUCUACCUCAUCAGCAUUAUCAAUGGAGCCAUUAGAAGUCUCGCACACAGAUUGCCAUACCUCUCCGAAUGUUCAGAAAGAGGAAAGCGGGAAAAUGGAGCUGAACCAAACGUCCAAGAGACCCAAGAAGGGUUGUAGAGGUGCUGUUAAAUCAUCUGCGUCAGGUGGAGGUCAAGAGACAAAGCAGUGUGCCCAUAACCUUCAUUUAAUAACCAAAGAAAAGCAAUCUCAAGAAGGCAAAGUCUCAAUGGACCCUGUAUAUUUUGAAAUGACACCUUUUGAAAGUAAUCACCAACCUGGUGCUUCAACCUCCCAACCUCAUCCAGACUGUUCUGUACAAUUAAAUAAUGUAGUUGAGGAUGGCGAAGAAAAGGGUACCGUUCCCGUGGCAGAUGAGGUAUUUUCCCCCGACGCUGAAGCCGGUAACCACAGCAGCAUCGGCGUCUCCAGGCUGAGGUCUAGCGCGAGAAGGGUUAAGCCAAGGAGAACGGAUAACCAAAGGAGAAAAAGCAGGGUUUUGAAUAGGAUGACGCGUAAAGGUGAAGAGAUGAUAAACUCCGUCACCAUGGAUGAUGCGGACCUGGCCACGGCAGCUACGCGCUCAUCAGGAAAGGGCUUGUCGUUGCGCCUUUUACGCAGCUACUCUUGCCCAGAGAUCCCCUCCCUCCGUCCCCUCGACACGCCCUGGACUUCCCUGCAUUCACCACAUCCCGGCAGGAGUCACACACCUCACCAGCAUCAGUCGUCCCACACUCCUUCUGUCCAUCACACCCACAAAUCCUUGCGGCGGGCUCGUCGACACACAGUCUGCAGCGUCGAAGUGGAGCGGGAGAUCGCCCCUCUCUGUCUCCGUAAGGAGGUGUACCCAUCCAGAAGAUCCCUCCCGUAUGACGGCGUUACCCAAAACAUGUCUCUCAGCACUUCCCUCUCAGCUCUCGCUUCCUGUUUCCUUUCAAGUCCCCUGGCUUUCCUCUCGAAGAAAGUUGACAGCAGAGGAGCUUCUGCCAGCCCCGGCACCUCCAGUUAUGUCUCCUCUCCCACCUCCUCCUCGUCUAUGUACCCAUUGAGCCCCUCCACGUGGCGCCUUUCAGGAUUCUUCCAAAGAGCUGACUCCUCCAGUGCUACCAUGGACUCUAGUAGCAGUGGGAUUCCCUUGGAGUGUGAGAGAAGACAGCAGAGUGAAGAGGAGGAUGACGGCGAGGACACAAGCUCAUCCAGUCAGGAGUUUGAAGAUGUAGGAAUGAGAGAAGAAAAGGCUUUGUCUGAUUCUGAAAUCAAGGUGGUGCAAAAGCACGAGGAACGAGGGAAAGUGUCGUCUAUAAGAAUUCGGAAAACAUUACCCAAACCUCAGAACAAUCUGACGCCCAUGGGACUGCCCAGACCCGUCAGCCGGCUGGAGACCAUAUUCGAGGUGCCCCUCAAUCGGCGGAAUGGUUCUGAGUCCUGGUUUGGCCAGAGGCGCGUGAAGCGAUUUGUGGAGUUCCUCGAGGUCGGCGAGGCCAGAAAACCAAAGAAGCCACUUGUCGGUGUGGGAAAGGUGGCUAUUUCAUCUUCCAGGACAAGACGAGGGGGCUUCCCUAAAGACGAACCGUCCCUCAGCGUGCAGGACGUGGACUCGCUUCUGUGUGCCAAGCUGGAUCAGCUCAACUUGUGGUUGAUGCACGAUCAGAAAGACAGUUGUCAGGUGCCUCUUACAUGUUGAUUGUUUGGCAGCCAUUAAAAAAUGAUAAUAAUAACCCUGCACGAGAUAAUGCUGUUUAUAUGACUAUUUCUAAUGUGUUUUCAAUAUGAAGAUUCACAUAUGAGUCUUCCAGCUCUUUUGUUUUUUUGUCAGCACAAUCAGUGUAAAAAUUCAUUGUGGUGACAAGUUGUUAUUGAAGAAUUACAUUUUCAUUCUGUAGCACUUGCAAGUCGAAGAACAACUCAUCAUAGCACCAUAAAUGUAUUGCCUCAUAGACGUUGGUUAUAGUGGUUAAACGCAUUAUACAGUAAGUCGCUUUUUUUGUUGUUGCCAUUACUGCACUCAAACUUCGGCCGUCCAUUACUCCCCCCGGUCACUUUCCAUCUGUGACACGUGAAACUGUCUCGAAAAACAAAAGUUGACGUCCUUGAUUGAAGCUCUUGUACAGCAUCAAAGCAUUUUCUGGUAUAUCCCCAGUUUCUUUUAGAGCUCAGAUUACCCAGAGUGUUAUAAAUCUGCUCAACUGUUCAAAAAUGAUAAUGCAGAAUACAUCAGAUUUAUUUUGUACUGUCUCGUCUGAAAGAAAGCAUUUAAUUUCUUCUUUUUUAUAUACACAUAAGUGGUAGUGAUCUUGCAGCGUCAUUGUAUGUUAUUUUAUAAAGGCAGCUACUGUUUAUUAAAUGCUGAAUAUAACUUUUAAACAUGCCAGCAAGAGAUUUGUAUUCGCUGCAACCAAUUUCACAACCAAGUUUCUGUCCACAAGUUUUAUGUACAGUCAAAACGUGGCUCAGCUCAGGGCAGACCCUGUUCGAUUAUUCAUUUAUUUGUGUUUGUAAAGUUAUGGCUUUUUCUUUUUCUUUUUUUUUUUUAUAAAAAUAUAAUUUGGAAACAAUACGGCACUCCAGAGAGCAUUUCUAAUCCACAGUGGAAGUGUCCAGAUUCCACUGCUAGUUGGCUUUUUGAUGCCUGUGGUUCUCUCUGGAUUAUUCUUCUGGACUUCUUGAUAAAACUGUAAUAUAUUUAGUUUGUUGUUUUUUUGCCAAUUUUUUAUGAGGUUGCCUUAACUGGUAAAUGUCAUGUUGUAGGUAGAUGUUUUGUAAGUGUAUUUGUAAUGGUCGCUGUUUUUAUGUCAAGAUGCUUCAAGCAGCUCAGAGCACACAAAGUUUCUGUCGUUUUAUUAUGAAAUAAUAAAAUAAUAAAAAU